GGGUUUAUCAGUUUUUAGUAUUAGUGAGUGAGUGUUCAAGUUCCGCUGACAAUAUACGUUACUGUCGCGGAGUAUAGAACUAUAGUCUGUGCGUGAGUGUGUGUAACCAUGAAUUUCCUUGUUUGCUUUUCUAUAAUAGUGCUGUUGCACGAGUGCCUCUGUUCGCCAUGCAAAACAUAUACAGAAGAGACCUUAUUAGAAGAUCCGUCAGUGAUAGAUUUUUUUUGGGAUCCUAUCAAUGAAACUGUUGAUGAGGCCUCAAGAGAUAACUUAGACAAUCCCAGAGAUAAGUCAGAACCAAAUUUCUUAGAUGAGACUGUAUUAGAAGAUUUUUUAGAGAAAUUCCUCAAGGAAACUCUUGAAGAGCCUGUAGAUAACUUAGACAAUCCCAGAGAUAAGUCAGAACCAAAUUUCUUAGAUGAGACUUUAUUAGAAGAUCCGUUAGUUAAAUUCAUCUGGGAUACUGUUGAAAAGCCUGUAGAUAAUGUUUCAGGAGAUAACUUAGACAAAUCCGUAGAUAAGUCAGUACCAACGUCACAUAAGAGCUUAGAAAACCCGGUUGUUAAAUCAUUUCAGGAUACUUUUGGAGAGGCCUCAGUAAAUCAUACCGAUAAGGAUAAAUCACUAGAAAAAUCUGGGCCAAACUCAAAUAAGUUCUUAGAAGAUGAGCUUGAUACAGUCUUCCGAAAUGGUUUUAAAGAACCCAUAGACAAAGCCUCAGGAGAUAACUUAGAUAAAACCGUGCAUAAGUCAGUACCAAAUUUCACUCCAUUAAUUAAAUAUAUCGUGGAUACUAUUCAAGAGUGUGUAGAUAGUGUUGUAAGAGAUAACUUAGACAAAUCCGUAGAUAAGUCAGUACCAAACUCAGAUAACCCCUUAGAAGACCCGGUUGUCAAAGCAUUCCUAGAUACUGAUGAAGAGGUCCCAGGAGACCACUCAGAUAAGGAUAAAUCACUGAAUAAAUCGGGGCUAAACUCAAAUGAAUCCUUAGAAGAUGCGCUUGUCACACACUACCAAAAUACUUUUAAAGUGCAAUGCAAAGUCUCAGGAGAUAAGACAGACAGACCAGUGGAUAAAUCGGUACCGAAUUUCUUGGAUGAGCCUUUAAGAAAAACGUCUCACGAUAAGACCCUUCUAGAUAUUUUUGAUGAGCCUUUAGACACGGUUUUAAGAGAUAAUCUACGCAAAAAAGUGCAUAAACUGGUACUUAAUGAUGUGUUAAGUGAUCCUCUAGACAAGUUCUCAAGAGGUAGUUAGCAUUUUAAGAAGCCUGUUGAAUGAGUUAUACAACAAUUUGUGUGAUGCGAUACCUAUUCAAGUAAAUAAAUAUAUCCUUUAAAUGA